UGAUGUGAAGAUUCAUUUGACAAAUUUUUAAUUUCAUGAUAGUUCCCCUUGUCUUGUCAGACUUGUCAUUCCGGCAGCUGUCCUCACGAUGCUUUUUGGGGUUUGUAGUUUUUUUCCGUCCUUCGUUUGUUUGUUUUAUACGCUGUAGACUACAUAUCCCUGCAUGCUUUGCGGCAUUUCAGACUGCACAACAAACAUGGCGUCCCCCAGGUAGCACAACAUUCGGGGAGAAAUACUUUUUACACCUUUGGCUGCACACCUCAGGUAAAAUACUAUUUUCUGCAACAAACUUGGGCUUCUCCAUGCGGCUGUUUGGCAAUAAAUCCAGCAGAGUUCUGAGCAGAUAGGCGAGUCUCUGCUUGCACUACCAUAAAGCUACAGCUGAAAUGAGGUCUUUCAUAUUGCAGUCUCUCCACAUACCCUACAGCCCUGAUCAUAGGAAUCGGAACCCCCUCCCCAGAAUCACCUCCGUGUUAGAAGUUGCGGCUACACUGUGCAGACUGGCCGCUACUUCCAUGUCCAUUACUUCCGUGUAGCUACGGUACAAAGAUGGAAGCAGCAGCCUCAGUCUGUUCUUUCUCAGCACUGCACUUCCCUAGAAAAGUGGCUGCUUAAUUAGUAUGAGCGGUGCUGUGCCCUCUGUUAUUUCUCUCCCCUCCUCCCUGACGCGAUUCCUUCCUGCCUCCCUGCUCACUCUGCGGGGGAUUCUAAACCAGAGGGAGAGGCCAUAGCCAUUUGCAUUGAUGGGCAGGGAUUGAAACAAAACACCUGUGUGCUGCCACAUUGCUCUAUAUACACAUACACCAAUUCAUGUGGCCUCACCUGUAUCCUGGGGCAAGCUGACCCUUAGUGAGAGUGGGGAGUUACAUUUAUCAGAAAUUUCUUCUGAGACCUUGCAUCCUGAAAUCCUACAGCUCAAGUCUCAGGUGACCAGAAUCUUCAUUUCUUAAGUUACUCCUACUAACCUCUGCGCUGCAAGAUGUUUGGAGACCUAUUUGAGGAAGAUGAAGACUUUUCAUUCCUUUUGAGCAGUCCAAACAAGAAUGGCAAGAAAUCCCACCCCAGAGAUUCAAAGACCCCAGAGCCCCGAGGAGACACAAGGCUUAGUGGACUGAGGAAUCAAGGUGGCACCUGUUACCUAAAUUCUCUUCUGCAGACCCUGUUUUUCACACCAGAAUUCAGAGAAGCUCUUUUUGCUUUGGGUCCUAAAGAACUUGGAUCACUGGAGGAGAAAGACACGCCAGACUCUCGGGUGCGAAUUAUUCCCCUGCAGUUACAGCGUCUCUUCGCUCAACUUCUGCUGCUGGAUCAGCAGGCCUUGUCAACCACAGAUCUCACAGAGAGCUUUGGGUGGAACAGUAGUGAGGAGACAAGCCAGCAUGAUGUGCAAGAGUUAAACCGUAUUUUGUUCAGUGCUCUUGAGAGCUCAUUGGAGGGCACAUCUGGCCAUGACCUCAUCAAGCGAUUGUACCAUGGCACCAUUGUUAACUGUAUCCAGUGCAAGGAGUGUGGCUACAUCAGUGAAAGGCAGGAGGAUUUCCUUGACUUGACGGUGGCAGUGAAGGGCGUGGGCAGUCUGGAGAAUUCUCUGUGUAGCAUGUAUUUGGAAGAGGAACACUUUGAUGGAGAUAAUUUGUACAGAUGUGGGAGCUGUGCCAAGCUUGUCCCUGCAACCAAGUCUGCCAAGUUGGGGAAACUGCCACCCUUUCUCACACUAUCUCUGCUGAGGUUUAACUUUGACUUUGUAAAGUGUGAGCGUUAUAAGGAAACUUCACGAUACACCUUUCCCACCCGCCUCAUCAUCCGGCCCUUUUGUGAGCAGCAUAAUCUAGAAGACUCCGUAUAUGCCUAUGAGCUCUUCUCUGUUAUUAUACACAAGGGCGGCUGUUAUGGAGGUCAUUAUCAUGCAUAUAUUCAAGAUGUCGAUGAGCUGGGGCAUUGGGGACUCAAGGAAGUGGCUAAAAAGACAGCAUCAGCACAGGAGUCUGAGAGUAAACAAGAUUGCCCAAUAGUUGCUCUUGCUUCCAUCAUAGCAGAGGCUGGGGCCGAUCAAAUGGUGGCAGUUGACCAGCUGGGACAGAAGCUAUUGGAAUACAUGGGAACAUCUUGGAAUAAGACUUAUCGCAAGCAGCAUGGAGCUAUGCACAAGUUCCUGCAAAGCCAUCCCUCCGUUUUCCAGAUGAGUGCAGAUGGCUCGCUUGUAGGUUUGGCGCAUAGUGUUCCAGACACAGUAGGCUCCGAUUCAGAGAGCUCUAGGCCAGGUACUCCAGAGAAAUCUCAAGCUCCAUCUAGAAGUGCUGGUCAUUGGUUUGAUUUUAACGAUUCCAAAGUGGAACCCAUCCGCGAGACGGAUAUUGAAAAGCAAUUCCAGGGCAAGGAAUCUGCAUAUAUGCUUUUUUAUCGCAAGUGUGAAAUGAAUAGACCACCAGAAGCUAAAGGCAAUCCUCGCUUUGGAGUCCCAGAGCACAUUCUAAAUGACAUGGACCAAGAAAAUAUCGAGCUUCAGACGAAAAGAACUGAAUCGGCCUUACAGAUCAACUGCAUGGACCUUUGUCUCCAUCUGUCUUCUCAUUACCAAUAUGAAAAUGGUGCCCUGCAUCCAGCACAUCCCCGAAACAACAGUAAGCUGGCAAUUGCUAUAGACCGCAGGAGGACUGUAGAAGAUCUAAAACAAUUAGCUUUCCAGGUUCUUGAUGAAUCUUUGGAAGGACAAGUCCUGAGUAUUGCUAGAGUUCUACCUGCUGGACUUCAUAUCUUUCAGAAUCUGAUUGAUGCCAAGAUGGAUCUGGUCACUGCAGGAAUUACAGAUGGAACUGACAUCUUUGUGUGGGAUGGAAAGCAGGUUGGGGGUGUAAUGAUUCAGAGUGGAGCAGAGUUCACGCCAGUCCUGCUCACCAUCCUGCGCCCAGUCCUGCAAACAAAUUCUUCAGCUGAGUUCAGUGAGAGUCAGAGAGCGUUCCCAUCAUGUGCCUGCUUGAAAGACAUACAAAAAGAGCUUGCUGGCCCCACCUGUGAGGAGUCAGUGUUGUGCUUCCCUUCGUCAGAGAAUAGUGAGCAGUGGAGUUUUUAUUCUGCUGACGACUCAAACAAGAGCCUAAAAGAAUUGGGGCUAAGAGAUGGCAGCUCUAUUCUCUUGUUUGAUACACGUUCGGAUGGGGAUGUAUAUCUUGCAUCAGAAAGACAUUUAUCUAAAGACGCGAAGCAGAACUUCCUCAUGGUGCAGGACUGGUGCAGACAGCAGGAUGAGAAAGAAACGGUUAAAAUAAUUAUCACUCCCAACACUACUAUACAAGAUAUCCAUGUGAAAGCAGUCGAAUUGCUGCAGCUACAGGAAGAGUGUAGCAAAAAUGACACUUGCUUAAGACCCCUCCACAGAAAAGAGAAGCUUCUUCCCCCAGUGCCAGAAAGCCUAACUGUGCAGGAGGCAGAACUGAAAAAUGGAUGUACCUUAGGGCUCUGCAAAGGGAAAGCCCCCAGCCCCUCCCAGAUCUUCUUGUAUUUCAUUUCCGGGACUGACCUGCAGGAGGGCAGCGAGCAGGAGAUUAUUUUAGAAGAAACUCUCACUGUGAGACAGAGCCUGGAAAGGAUGCUGAAUAAAGCAGGUUUGCCAGGUAAGGCAGGAUGGCACCUGAGAAAGAUGGACUGGUGUUAUGAAGCAGGAGAGGCUCUGAGCGAUGAGGAGUCCACACUGAAAGAGCUGAAUAUCUGCGCUGGAGACACAUUGGUGAUCACUGAAGGGAAACUUCCACCCAAGGGUUUCCUGAAGCUUUCUAUAUGGCUGUACUGCCCCCAUACACAGCAAGAUGCUAUGAAUCAUGUGACCUGUGAACCAGGUGCUCUACAGACCUCCACUACAGAAGAUAAUAACAUGCAAGAAGGUGGAACCUCUAAUUUCUGCUCUGUUGGUGAGAUAGAAAUAUCAGGAGACUUAUCAUUACAGGAUGUGAAAAUGCAGAUCCUGACUUUGCCAGUUUUUGAAGCCCUAGGGAUCCCUUCUCCUGAGUUCCUCAGAGUCUGGACCCUGGAAAACAAGCAUCUGGGGAAAAUCCUGCGCUCGCCUCCAGUGUUACUCAGUGAGUACAAACUGGGGAGCAAGCCAGCACUAUGCAUUGAGCCUUUGCAGGUGGAGGAAUGUUUGGGUGCUAAAGAUCUUGUCUUGCGGGUGCAGCUGUCUGUCCCAGGGGAGCGUCGCUAUUUUCCUCCCGUAGAUAUUGUGUGGGAUAUAUCCAGAGGCUGCACAGCCCCAGCCUUGCUGCACAGAAUUGCCAUGCAUUGCUCCCUGCCAACAGACAAGGUGGAAAUUGCAAAGCACUUUCCAGAGAAAUAUGAGUGGCUUCCAAUAUCCAGUUGGACCCAACAUGUCUCCAGAAAGAGGAAAAAGAAAAAGCUGGAAAGUCUACAGGGGGCUCCUUAUCACCUAAAGGAUGGGGACAUCAUUGGGGUCAAGAAUCUUUUGCUUGAUGACUGGACAGACUUCAGCUCUGAAAUUGACCGCAUUGGAAAAGAAAAGCAGCAGCAGCAGCAGCGCCCAGCGAAUGGAAACAAAAGUCUGCACGCAGAAGGAUUGCAGAAUAAUACGGCUGGAAGCAAUGGAAGGGCAAAGUCGAAGGCCCGGAAAGCGGAGACCUCUCUCUCAAUCCGAGUGGGCGUAUUCAGAUAGCACCGGCUCUGUCUCUGUUUGGAAACUUGUGUUCCUUAUACCUCAGGGAUGAGAAGAUGGGAGCUGUGAGAGGAUCUGGCGCAGGGGGUUGUCUCUGUGAGAUAACAACUAAUGAGUUUCUCUACCUCUUGAGGAUGAAUUUACGCACUGGGUUUAUUUGAACCCCCACAAAGUAAAGGAUCUGUAUAGAUACAAAUCAGGGACAUGCCGCUAUAUACAAGUGCCUUCCCUCUCCAUUUCUUCCUCUGCUUUCCCCAUUCUCCUGCAAUUGAUUUCUUACUGAGCCAGAGCAUAGUUGUGCAUUUCUCUUACACUACUUCUCUCUUUCACACUCACACACAUCCAUGGAUAUAUUCUUGGACAUGGUAUAUAAACACAUUUUCUCAGGCAUGUUUGCACUAAACACUCACAUGUUAUUUUGUAUACAAACACUCUCCAUAUACUCACAUAACCAAACUAAGGGCCAUUUAUAAAGUACACGGCAUGGUACUAAGUGCAAGGCAUGAUGCAAAGUACAAAAAUUUGGCUCAAACCACCAUGUUUUAUUUGCACUUUAACACCCUGCCUCAGACAUUACCUUAGACAUCUUGGUCUCUGUGCUCCAUUUUAGAAAGCAAAGACCUGACCUCUAUCUUGGAAUCUAUCUCUGCCUGCACUUGGCAGUACUGUAUUUAUGUGGGGGUGGCAGGUAGGCAUGCCCUCUCCAGUCCUGAAUCUUGAAUGCCAUUCAGACUGUUAAGUUAAAGUUAGUGAUCACAAGUGGGCACAGGUUGCAAAGAAGCUGUCCUUACUGCCUGCCCUAUGGCACGGGGGCCUCCUUGCCUCUGUCAGCGCUGUGCCCUGAACCUUGCACAAAUAUGUCCCUGAUGCAAUAUCUUACUGAAUAAACAUUAAAGGGUGUGAUUUAGGGGCUCAUUUAUUAACACUAGCCAAUUUUGCCAUUUGGCAGUAACCCAUUGCAGCCAAUCAGUGAUAGUUUUUUUUUUUUUUUUUUAACCAGCUGCAAAUAGAACAGUUAAUGCAAAAAUUCGAUUGGUUGGACAUAUUUGCCCAGUGUUGAUAAAUGAUCCCCUAGAACUUGUGUCCCGGGCAUAUGUAAAUGUAUACUCACACUUACACAGUAACAUUCCCUUUAUUCUCGCAUUUCCCUAAAAAUCUCCUCUUUUACACACACCCACCUCCCCUUAGAAUGGUUCCUUAUCAAAAAGUAGUACAUUCCCUAUACCUGAAUGGAAAGUCCAAACAGUUAACAAGUUGAGAUGGCACUGAAUACAUGUGAAUGCACUUAUAACCUGCCGAAAGCACAAUACACUGUACAGCCCUAUCUGUGGUAACUGCCAUUUUUUCAGUGCCUUUACCUACAUUCUCUGUGUGUACCUGACAUUGGGCACUACAGCUGCUAGAUAUAUUAUCAUGUGUUAGAAUUUACCAUUUUAUCAUCAUUAUGGUUCACACAUUUUUAUAGUUUCACUGAAUCCAUCCUUUCUAGAUUCAUCCAGAUCAUCCACAAAAGAUUCAUGUGAAUACCAAACCGAAGGUGAACCCUAAAUUGCAUAUUCAUAAAUUGCACUGUGAUUGAACAAAUAUUGCCCGGUCAGUUGCCCAGAUGUGUUAUAUUCCGUUUGGUUGAACACUUAGCAUUUGGCUGAAUUCAAAUCUUUUAACAAGUGCUGAGAAUCAGCCAAAUACUGAACCAGUUUGCCAGUUGGUAAAGCCCUUGUUUGCUCUAAAAUUUAGACAUUCAGAAACAAAAUCAGUGCCUUGGUUGAUCACCCACAUGAAUUAAGCAUUAAAAAUACUGCCCUAUAGGCUGACUGCUCUUAUCCAGCCAGUUUACUGGAAGUCAGUCUGUUGUGUGUUGGUGUAUAACCCAAACUAGUGGACCUGACCAGGAUGACGAGAGUGCUGGGAAUCUCUUGCUCCAUUAGGACAAGUGUAUGGGGCCUAUCACAAUUACAGUUUGACCAGGGAAGUUUGAGAAACUGCCUUCAGGUUGCCCAUAGAUGCCCCAGUGGUCAGGAACAAAGACAAAGAAAAUUGGCUAAACUGUGACUAAACCAGCACAUGAAUGGCCAACAUAAACCCCUCACUACAGCUGGCCAAGUCUCCCCUAUACAGAGUGAGGCGUGCAGACAUGUUUCACUUAUAGAUGUUUCUUCAUUUCACAUUUAUGGUUGUAUUUCCAGAAUUUUGUUUUCCCAUUGUAGAUUUUGCCCAUGUAUGAGGCUGCUGCAGUGUCUUCUUUCCAUGAAACUGUAACAAGAACCCAGUGUUCCUAUAUCAUCAAUACUGUACUGCCCGGCUCACCAGAGACAUCUCAUUGUUCACGGGGAAGAUUUUCUGAGGCCACGGUGCAUAGACAAUAAAAUGAUUGUAGUUUAAAUGAGGUGGCUGAUUGGUACAUUUCUAUAAGCAAUUCAAAUAAAAUAUAAAUGUUACCUUG